CCUGGUGACCACCAGCAGUGUCCAAACGGAUUACGAACCUUGAGAUUUGAACCUCUCCAACCACGAAACACCACAAGAACCAUGAGUACUGCUGCUGUCCAGCAAAACCGGCCUUUCAGCAGAGCCGUCAGAAAGAUCAAGGUGGCUUCGACGGUGAACAGCCUCGCCAAAAGCUGGCAAAGCUGGGCGAACAAACAUACCGACAAGCAAGACACGAUCCCAAGCGGAUGGAUGCCUGAUACCAUCAUUGAAGAUGCAAAAGAAAAGCAGAAGGAGAAGAGUGAGAUGAAACUCUUGGUUACGCCUCGCGUGGUUUCGGUGAACAGCGAAGAAGGUGCAGACGACCAGAUCAAGACCGUAAUGGUGACUAAAGCCAUCACACCAAAGUGUAACGAAUACGGGAAAGACCUAGUGAGCGUCAUCAAGGAGAAGAUCAACACCAAUCAGCUUACAUCAGAGGAUACCAAAAACUUUCUUGGUAACGAAUCUCCCACCAGAAGACGCUACUGUGGUGGCAAAGCAGGAACUUUGGCUAAAGUGCUUGGACAGAAAGAGGAAAAGACAAUGGGAUCCCGAAGUAGCGGUUCAGAUGCUGAGGACAGUGGUCUUGGGGAGGAAGCGUCUCUGAGCGACAACAGUGAUCAGAAUGAGAGUGAACCGAAGAAACAUGUCAACAGACACAAGAUUAAAAUAGCCACGAUGAACGACUUGAGGAGCAAGUGGCAGCGGUUCGCUGAAGACCACAUUGAAGGUCAGAAGCUCAACCCUUUCAGCGAAGAGUUUGACUUUGAACAUGCCAUGGCUAUUCGACUCCACAAGGGCGAUGCGGGAUAUGGGCGGCCCAAAGACGGAUCCAAAACAGCCCAGCGUGCGGAUCGGGCCCAGCAACACAUCUACCGUGAGAUGGAGGAGAUGUGCUUUAUCAUACGCGACAUGGGCCAGCGGGAUAAAGAGGGUCGUAUCUAUGUCACCUUCGGCCGCCUGUUCGACCGCUAUGUCAAAAUCUCCGAUAAAGUUGUGGGAAUUUUGUUGCGCUGUCGCAAACACAAGAUGGUUGACUUUAAGGGUGAAAUGCUCUGGAAGGGCCAGGAUGAUGACAUUAUAAUCACAUUACUAGUUUAAUUUUCCAGAAGGUUGCCAGGAUGCAGUGUAAAAGAAGUCAUAACUUAUUUUACUGAACUUCUUUUACCUUCAUUUUUCAGUUGUUUUCAAAAUACUGUAGCUUUUCCACUACUUUUUUUUUCAACAAGUAGCAGUGUUACAUGUCAAAAUGUUGCAAAAGCUGCUCAAAUUCUGAAUUAUAAAAAAAAAAAAAAAUAGUGUAAGUGGUUAUAAACUGACUACUUUCAACUUGAGUGUAGUUAAACAACUUUAAAUUAGAUUCUAGGUAUCCAGUUUCAAAUUAGCCCUCUAUUUAUAAUUUUAUUUAGCAGGAUGAAAUGUUAGAACCUUGAGAAUGUUCCAGAAAUCUGAUGAACUCCCUGAGAUGAACGUGCUCUUCUGUCUGCAUUCUGGUGCAUGACGUGUUUUGAAAGUAGAUUUAGUUUUAGUGUUGAGGAGCUUCAUAUUUGAGCUGGUGAAAGGGCAACUCUUCGCUCACAGUUUACACAAGGGAAUAUACCGGGAUCUCGUGUUUGUCUCCUCACGCAUCAAACAUCAGGCAUCCUCUGAAUGCUUAGUACACCAGCCUUGAUGUCUAGACCUGGUUUGGAAAUCAUCUCAUGUUUCAUGCUUGUGAGAAUAUAGGGGUAGAGUCUGUUUUUGUGCUUCGUGCAAUCAGUAUUUCCCAUCUAAACAUUUUGGUCAUUUGCGUCUACUUUCAGUCAUUUGCUGUUGUUUUAUUGUUCAGAGUUUGUGGCUCAUUUGAAUUACCUCUUUCAAAAUGAAAGCAUGAUAAUCUUCUUACAGAAGAUUUGUUAUAAAUAUUUAAAGAUAUACUGUCCUAUGUAGUUUAAAACAACUCAUUUAUUUAUUUGAUGUGGAUUUUUUCUGUCAGUAAAAGAUGAAAUAAAACCACAUUUAUGUUUAACUGAAAAUACAA